AGUGCGAAAUGUAAUAAGUAAAGUGAUCAACAAUCACGGUAUAUCUGUAGAAAGAAACAAUACAAUGUACUUCAUCAAUAAAAAGUCUAUUUUUAAUCGAAUAUAGAUAAAAAAUGGUUUUUAAGAACAUCUAACUUUAAUAGAGUAAUGGUGAAUGUGAUUCCAGUGUUUUUGGGAGCUCAUCAGAGCUUAUCUUUAUAAACUGAAGCUAAUUUGACGUAAUUUGUGAAUACAUACAUGAUGCCCACAUUGCCCAGUUUUAUCACUGUUGCUGAUUUUAUUCAAGAGACCAGAGAUGACUACAAUUCGCCAAUUACUUCUACUUUUGUCUCUAAAAUGCAGCAAUGUAGAAACACCAUUACAACAAUGGAAGAAACGUUGGAUUAUGACAGAGAAGGGCUGACGAAAAUGAAGAAGGCCAUUAAGGCCAUCCAUACAUCAGGAAAUUGUCACGUUGAAAACGAAUCGUACUUGGUAAAGGCGUUGGAAAAAAUCGGCCAGAACGCGACUACGAAGGAGCACGAAGAAAUCAUUGGAAACGCUUUUUUAAAAUUCGCUGUCGUCACCCAGGAACUGUCGGCCCUGAUGAAAACCCUCAUGCAAAACUUAAGCAACAUUGUAAUGUUUCCUUUAGACAGUUUAUUGAAGGGCGACUUACGGGGCGUUAAGGGCGAUUUGAAAAGACCGUUCGACAAAGCGUGGAAAGACUACGAAAGCAAAUACGCUAAAAUCGAAAAAGAGAAAAAACAGCAAGCUAAAGACGCUGGUCUUAUCCGGUCGGAGGUGACAGCCCCGGAAAUUGCCGAUGAAAUGGAGAAGGAAAGAAGGUUGUUCCAAUUACAAAUGUGUGAAUACUUAAUCAAAUAUAAUGAAAUUAAAACAAAGAAAGGGAUAGAUUUACUUCAAAGUCUCGUAGAAUACUAUCAUGCUCAAACAAAUUACUUUCAAGAUGGACUGAAGACAAUAGAAUAUUUUGGUAAUUACGUAGCCGAUUUAAGCAUUAGAUUACAAAAAAUUCGACAAGCUCAAGAUGAAGAAAAGAGAAAAUUAUCCGAUUUAAGGAAUCUUAUAAAAUCGACUCCAAGCAUUGAGAAAGAGGUUGGUCCCCAAAUAGAUAAAGGUACUUCUGGCUAUUCGCUGCAUCAGCUACAAGGUGACAAACAUCACGGCGUAACGAGAACGGGCCAUUUACUUAAAAAAUCUGAGGGCAAAAUGAGGCGGGUGUGGCAAAAGAGGAAGUGCCGAGUCCAGGCUGAGGGCUACUUAGACAUAUGUCAUGCUGAUGAGAGCAAACCGCCUACUAGAGUGAAUCUACUCACAUGUCAAAUAAAGAUAGUUCCUGACGAUAAGCGAGGGUUCGAUUUAAUAUCUUAUAAUAGAACUUACCAUUUCCAAGCGGAAGAUGAGGCGGAUCAAAGAGCAUGGAUGUCAGUACUAGUUAAUUGCAAAGAGAUGGCGCUGAUGAAAGCGUUCGACGAUAGUACUAAGACUGGUAGUGAUAAAGUCAAUCAUAGUUUUAUGGAGCUGCAACAGGCUAUUAUAAAAUACAUACAGAAAAUACCGGGCAAUGACCGAUGUUGUGAUUGCAAUUCCCAAAAUGAUGCGACAUGGUUGUCAACAAACUUCGGAAUCAUUGUGUGUAUUGAAUGUUCGGGAAUUCAUAGAGACUUGGGAGUGCACAUAAGUAGAAUACAAUCAUUAACUUUAGACAAUGUUGGAACUAGUCAGUUGGUACUUGCAAGAUUUAUGACCAAUAAUUUGUUUAACGACAUCAUGGAGGCCCAAUUGUCGUCAAAUGAAAAAUUAGACCCAUCUAGUUCGAUGGAAGAGAGACUUAAUUUCAUCAGAGCCAAGUACGUAGACAAAAGAUUCGCUUUAAGGACAUGCCAAACUGAAUUGGAGAAGAUAUAUGAGCUGGAAGAAGCUGUGAAUAGAGGAGAUCUGCCACUUUUGUUGCAAACUUUUGCUGAAAAUGUAGACUUCGGCGCACCUUUACCCUCUUCUAAAAUUGGGGAAACCGCGUUACACAGAGCCAUAUUAAACGAGUCCGGUCGAACGUUGCACAUUGUAGAUUUUCUGAUUCAAAACAUGUCGAAUUCGGCGCUAGACAGACCGACUAACCAACCAGUGGUACCAGAAAUGAGCGGAUGCAACACGGCUCUUCAUCUUUGCGCUUUGUACGAUAAAGUCGAAUGCAUGAAACUGCUAUUGAGAAGCGGAGCCGACGCUUCGUUGAGGAAUUCGCACAAUAAAACGGCCAUGGACAUAGCUCAAGAGAUGGGGAAUAACACGUGUCAGGAAUUGUUGCAAAAUGCGGCAAACAGAUUGAAGAAUUACUUCGAUAACAUCAACAUCGAUUGGAACUUGCUGCACGAUGAUGGUUCGACUGAUUUUUCCGAUGACGAAACUAUUAUCGAAGAUAGAAACGGUUCGUUGACACCAGAGAAGAAAAAUCGAUCGAGACCUCCGAGUUAUACAGGUGGGGACUCUCCUAUUAUCUUACGUUCACGAUCAUCCACUUGCGAUAGCUUACAGUUAGCAUCUAGUAGUUUUAACAGACAAAUGCCUCAUCCCUCAUCCACACAAACUAAAAAACCAGUGGCUAUGGUACAUAAUAGUUUGAAAAAACGGACGGCACCUUUACCACCCCCUAAUAGUUCAUUGAAUUACGGCACUCUUCCUAGUAAUCAUAGCAGGACGCCAUCUGAUCCGAUCGCAGCAGGAUAUCAUACCCUGAGCCAUACUCAUAAGAGAUCGCCCAGCAGUGACAGCAGUUCUGGCAGAUCCGUAAUACCGAUAGGAAACAAGCUAGUUAUGGCAGAUAAAAAUACAGAUAAAUUCGGUUCUGUCAGGAGGCCUCAAAAUCCUCCGCCGCCCGCUCCUAAUUCAACAUCCAGCAGAUUGUCGAACGGACGUUCAACUGAGAGCAUAUCUUCAAUGGUUUCAGAUUUGGAUGUUUCAGGAAUGGUACACAAUCCCGUACCGCCUCCCAGAAGAGCGUCAGAUUCACCACCGCAUAGAGUCUCAUCUAGUCCUAUAUCAACUAGUUCGUUGUGUUCCCCUCGAUCUAUCCCAAGCGGGCGAUUAUCGUACGCUUCCAACGGCAAUACAGGUUUGAGAAGAUGCAAGGCGCUGUACGAUUGUGCAGCUGAUAACGACGAUGAAUUAUCAUUUCAAGAAGGAGAGAUUAUCAUCGUUAUCAAUGAGCAUACAGACGAUGAUAAUUGGAUGGAUGGUAUGGUCGAGAACGAUCCGAACAGAACUGGCAUGUUCCCCAUAAGCUUCGUUCAUAUGUUGCCAGAUUAGAUAUUUUAAAAGAAAAUAACUUAUAUAAAAGUAUUAAAUAUAUUUUUGAUGUAAAUGAUCGGUCUAGCUAGAGGGAGAGUUCUAUAUUCUGAUUAUGGGUAGGUAUUUUUCCCUAAAAAUGUUAAAUCGUGCUUAGUUUAGAAAGAAUGUUGAUUAUUAAAAGGUUUAGAACGGGAAAAAUGGAAGGAAUAAAAAUAUAGCGAAGACACAAAGCGUUGUUGCCAAAAUACGCAGAUAUUUAACCAAAUGUUGUUAAAUUAAUGUUAUUCCUAGAUUUAGACGUGACACGUAACCAAAUAAAGACAAAAUUAUUAUGCAAGUUCUUGGAUAAUUAAAAUAAGAAAAUAAAUGUAUUGUUGUUAGACGUUUCAAACUGUGAUUGUUAGAAAAAUCUAUUUAUUUGAAAUAUAUCAGAAAGAUUGUUAGUAUUUUUCAAUAUUUAAUCUUUUAGAGAUAACUUCUAUAUUUUACCUAUAACAUAAGUAAUUGUACUAAAAUAACUUUGUGAAAAGCAUGGUAUAUGUUUGUUUAUCUCUAAAAGCAUGAUUACAGUGAAGGCUCGUCUAGUGCUUUCAAUGCGUCUAUAAAAAACAAGCGCUGGCUGAAAGUUCAAAGCUAAAAUUUUAACACUGAACUCAUUUGUGAACAAGGAUUUUUGCUAAGGAUCAAUCAACUCCUUAUAUUUAUCAUCAAUUUGUUGUUGAAAAUAUUUGUAACCAUUGGGUGUUAUUUGUAACCACUGUGUGUUAUUUGUGACCACCGUGUGAUAUUUGUAACCACUUUCUGCUGUGGAAAAUGCACAGCAAUCAAUUUGUUCUUCUGGGCAACUUGUGCCAUUGUUUGAGACAACACUAAAUGAAAUAUUCAUGCAUUUUAACAAAAAAUUUCAGCAUAUUUGUACAUUUUUUGUUCUUUAAUAAUUCCUAAUGAUUUUCAAUAACCUCAUUACAUUCCAUAAUUACCAUUAAUAUUGCUACUUAUAUCCUGUACUUUCAGAUUUACUUUCUCAUGACUAACAAAUCUAAUCGUUUAGGUACAAAUGUUUUGUCUGUAUUUGGAAACGUCCAAUAUAUAGCGUGGUAUAAUUAUUUCCGCCCUAGACACCUGUGAUUGCUGUUUAUUGUAUUUUCUUUCGGAACAGUAUUUCACUACUAAUAGUUGUUGGAUGUUCUAAAAUAUAUCAGGUGUCAAAUAUAGCUAUUGUAUAACAAACAAACUUGUAAAACUGUUUUUCGAUUCGUGUCGACAACGUACGAAUCAGUAAAGUGAGCUAUUACAUAUUUUUUUCUACGACCGCGAUUCUAUUCGACUAUUUGUGAUGUCGAUGUAAUGAUUCCAAAGCGUAAUGCGUUUGUGCGUAGGAAGGUUAGUGUCCUCGAUGCGGUCGCAGGAAAAAAUGUGGGUUAAUACUAGAUUGCAGAUUUUGUCCAGUUGUGAUCUACAUUUGUGAUCAUU